AUGAGCUCGUCACAUUCAGGAAACAAUCGAAUAAAGCCGCGAUGUGGUUUCGAGCUCGAAGAUGAUUCCGAGGAAGAGGGCAACUCCUACCCUUCAUCCAAGUACCCAGCGAGUUCUCGGAAUGAAGAGCCAAACAUUUUCGACGACUCUAUUGAGGACAUGAUCAGGGAAAGCCGCGACGACGUCGGCGCUAGUGCUAUCAACGCCACUCCAUCACAGUACGGUAAUCAAGACCUCGACGAUCUAUUCGUUGCCGACGAUUCUGCCCAAGAGGCCGACUUCCCUCAAGACGAAGUAAUUUCAAUCAAGUCUGAAGACUCCUCUGACGAUGACUGUGACUUCAUGGCAAUCCAAAAGACGGAGGCAUCUACAAGGGCUCAGGAUAAAUGGUCUUUGCCAAGCCGUACACCACCCAUCGAUCUUACACAGGACGUGAAAGAUGAGCCGGAUAUGCAAGAGACAGAUUCAGCUUUUGGCAAGGUUGAAACGAGCAAGGCCGAAAACAGGAGCCCCACGAUUGUUCGAGGGAAGCAACACACCUCGUCUCGUCCAAAUGACGAGUCACCAGAUCCAAAUCACCUUCAAGUGAGAAAAGCCGAGCUGCUGAUGAAAGGGCAAGAGGGGGGCUUGAGCUCUGAAGAGGUUGCAGAGCUAUGCCGACUAGAAAUGGCUAUCAUCACUUCACAGGGAGCCGCAAACGAGGACCAAGACAAGUAUGCUUCCAAAGGGGGAGUAGAAAAUGACAAGAAGCAUAGAGAGGCCAAUGCGAGGGAGAAGAAAAACAAAUCGAAACGCAAAAACCCAGAAGUGCAGCGCAACGGCCCACCAAAGAAUGCUGCCGAGUAUUUUGCGAGAAAGGGGCAAGAACUCCGAGAGAAGAAACAAAAAGAAUUGGAGAAGCAAUCCUCUACCGAUCCAACCAGACACCGCAAAAAGGCCAAGCUAUCAGCAAAGGCCUUGAAAGACGAAGAGGAGAGACGUGAUCGAGUCGCAACUAUCUUUCAGCCCAAUGAUGCCAUCCACGAGAGAGCUGGAAUGGGUGACUCUCGACCCGAGCCAGUCUUCAUGGCAAGGACUAAGAAGGAUCAGUUUGAGCAAAUAAAAGCAGCCAUACCCGAAGGCUGUGAUCUACGUCGCACCAAGUCCCAGCAAAAUGACACAGAGGAUGCAUCCGAAGCCUGGGGUUUCAAUAACUGCAAAGCCGUUGACAACAAAUGGAAAAUCAAAGGAAUGAAAACCGCAAUACACCACCAUCAGCUCACUGCUGCUGCCUGGAUGUUGCAGAGAGAACUCAUGCCAGGGUGGGACAGAUUACCUCAGGGAGGCAUUCUUGCCGAUGCCAUGGGUAUGGGAAAGACUAUCGUCACCCUCUCAUGCAUGGUUGGCAACCAGCCGAACGAUCUUCUUGUGAGCAAGGGGCGAGGGGCAACAUUGGUCGUCUGUAAUAACGGACAUACCAUCGAUCAGUGGAUGAACGAGGUCAAGACACACUGCGAAGGGAAAUUUUCUACUCGCAUAGUUCAUUACAGUUCUUCUCACAAGAUGGACGUCAAACUUCUUGAAUCUUUCAACAUUGUGUUUGCAAGCUACAGACAGAUUUCCAACAGCGCCCCGACUGUUGAGGAGAUUGAACUAAAGGGAAAAGAGCUCAAGGGCGACAAAAAAGCAUUCAAGAAAUGGCUUCGGGAGGAAAAGGGAGAUCUUCUCAAAAUCAAGUGGCAUCGUGUUGUACUCGAUGAAGCCCAGCAGAUAAAAAACCACGAGACGCAGUCGAUGAAUGCAUGUCUGCUUAUCGACGCUCGAUAUCGGUGGGCGUUGAGUGGAACUCCUCUUAGCAACAGAAACUACGAAUUAUACCCUUAUCUCAAAUUCAUUGGCUGUGAAGUUGGCAGUUUCAAAGAAUUUGAGAUUAAGUUCGGAAAGGGCUCGAAGGCGGAGGCCAACCUGGACCAUCUUAUCAGCGCCGUUGCGUACAGACGCACUCAAGCGGAUACGUUUUUAGGUCGUCCGAUCAUCAACCUUCCCUUGACUCAUCCAACACAUCAGUACCUUCGAAUGUCCAAGGAGGAAAUCGUAAUAUUCAGCAUGGCGGAAGAAUGCUUCAGACGAAAGAUGAUGGAAGACAUGGAAGCUCCCGGAGCUGGGCCGAGUCGGAAAACCUGUUUCGAGAUGCUACUGCGUCUCAGGCAGGCUGCCACUCAUCCCUUUCUUCUCGAGGCGAUGAUGCGGAAGCACAUGACUCUCGACGACAUUAGAAAGGUACGUAAACGUCUUGCUGAUCUCCGAGGAGGCCCUAGCAUUUAUGAUCAAAUCGGGUCCUGGACCAAAAGACAUGAAAUGUCGGGGGAACGUCUCCAGCAAAUCAUGAACAGCGUCGGCGAGAAGGUAAGACAGCACAACUUCGAUGAUAGUCAACAGAACGAGGCGGACAGCGAAGAGAAUGCUGCAUCUCCUGAGAGUGGUGCUACGCUUCAGUUUGACAACAGUAUCUCCGAAAACGACGACGAGACAACUAUUGAAGGCGAAUUCGAUAGUGAGUUGGACGAGGUCGACAGCCAAGACGAAGUGGAAGAUCUUUCUUACCGGAAACUCCUUGAGCUUGACGCUGAGGCGUCAGUCAUGGAAGAAUCAGAACAGUCUCAUGCUUUCAUUCCCGGAGAUGCUCCGCUCAAGCCGUUUGGUCAAAGCAACUUCGGUCUGCAUUUUGACAUGGACAAACAUAUGGAGUACCUGGAGAAGUUUGAGUUGCUGAAACUGGCAGUGUGUCCAGUUUGCAAAGAGACCCCGACGGUACCAGUUAAGGGCAAUUGCGAGCAUUCAUUCUGCAACCAAUGUGCAUUGGAUCAUUUAACAACUGCGGGCAAGAUAUGUCCGGGAUGCAAGAAAAUCAUCGGCAAGAUGAGGCCUACUAACAUAUUGCAUGGUCAAUCUGAGGGCAACGAAGUUCGCGGAAAUGAUUAUUACGGCUACCAGCAAACCUUCGACAACCGUCAAAUGACAUCUCACUUCUUGGAAAUCAGUGACAGCAUGCCAGACGUGCCGGUGACUCCUAGUGCGAAGAUGACCGCCUGCAAAGAGACUAUUCUGCGUUGGCAAGCUGAGGCGCCCAACGACAAAAUUAUCGUCUUCACGCAAUUCGUCCUUGUUGGCAAGAUUCUUGGCCGCAUGCUGGAAGCCGAGGACAUCCCUUUCGUCUACCUCACUGGGAAGCAGACCAAGGACCAACGCGUUCGCGCCGUCAAGGGUUUCCAAGAGAACGAAGAAAUCAAAGUGCUCGUGGCAUCCUUGCGCGCAGGUGGCCAGGCGCUGAACCUGACGCGCGCCAACAGGGUCAUCCUUAUGGAGCUCUGGUGGAAUCACGCGCAGGAGCAGCAGGCAUACGCGCGGGUUUUCCGCUACGGACAAGACAAAGAAACCCAUUUUGCGCGCUUUAUAGUCCAGACACCUAUCGAGGACCGCAUACUGAGAAUGCAAGCGGAUAAGAUCGUUGAGAUCGAUCGCGCGCUUCAGGACGAUGGGCACGUCAUCAAGGGGCUCAGUGUGCACGAGAUUAUGCAGCUCAUGGGCCGGGUACGUGUCAAGGAUGAUCGGGCAGUCGUCGAGCCUGAUUAUGAAGAUUACGAAGAUUAUCUUCAAGAAAUCAUUUCCAACCCGGAUGAUCGGAACUUGGAAGAGGAGGAGGAGGACCUUGAGGGCUUUGUCGUUCCCGACGAUGCUGCGGAGGAAGCCAGUGAAGAAGAGACUGACGACUCUACUCCGACGAUUGUGCUGUCCGACGACUCGGAAGAGGAAUGA